AAUCCUUCUUUCCAACAUGAAGAACGUCUUGAACAAAGUGACCAGUUAAAGCCCGAGGGAAAAAGGAAGGACAAUGAGAAGUCAAAGAAACGAUUGGUUGGCAUUUUUGAAUUGUUUCGCUAUGCUGACUGGGUGGAUGUCAUUUUGAUGAUAGUUGGUUUGAUCUCAGCUGCUGCAAAUGGUACUGGAAUGCCACUUAUGAUCAUUGUCUUUGGAGAGAUGACAAACAGCUUUGUGCUAAGUGGCGUGGAAUCAAAUGAUACUUCAGUAAACAGUUCCAGCUGCCCAUCAGUUCCAGGCGUGGAUAUAGAAGGUGACAUGACCAAGUUUGCUUACUACUAUGUGGGAAUUGGCUUUGCUGUGUUGAUCCUGAGCACCAUCCAAGUAUGGACAUUUUUGAUUGCUGCUACAAGGCAAGCAGCAAGGAUCCGGCAGAAGUUCUUUUAUGCAGUGCUCCAUCAGGAGAUGGCUUGGUUUGAUACUACCCAGAUAGGAACGCUGAACACCAGACUGACAGAUGACAUCAACAUGAUCCAUGAAGGCAUUGGAGACAAGAUCUGUAUAUUUGUACAGUUUCUUUCCACGUUUCUGACAGGGAUUAUUAUAGGAUUCAUCCACGGGUGGAAGCUGACACUGGUCAUUUUGUCAGUCAGCCCUCUACUUGCUGCAUCAGCAGCAGUUUGGUCAACUCUCCUGGCAUCCCUGACUGCUAAAGAGCUGACUGCUUAUGCCAAAGCAGGAGCUGUGGCAGAAGAAAUUUUGACAGCAAUCAGGACUGUUGUGGCUUUCAAUGGACAGCAGAAGGCAUUAGCAAAAUAUGAUGCUAACUUGGAGACUGCUAAACGUGUUGGGGUGAAAAAAUCCAUUACCACCAACAUAUCUCUAGGUGUUUCACAAUUUCUUAUCUUUGGAUCCUAUGCACUUGCAUUUUGGUAUGGAACCAAGCUCACUGCUGAGGAUGAACAUUAUGACAUUGGUCGUGUGUUAAUUGUGUUCUUUGCUGUGCUUGUUGGAGCUUUCUCCCUGGGCCAGGCAGCUCCCAACCUGGAGAGUGUGGCUAAAGCACGUGGGGCUGCCUAUGAAGUAUAUCAGAUUAUCAAUAAGAAACGGCUCAUAGAUAGCAGUUCUAAGGAAGGCUACAAACCAGACAAACUCAUGGGAGAAAUUGAAUUCAGAAACAUUCAUUUCAGUUACCCAUCCAGGCCUGACAUUAAAAUCCUCAAAGGUCUAAACUUGAAAGUUCAAACUGGAAAGACCAUUGCUUUAGUUGGUGCCAGUGGCUGUGGGAAAAGCACUACCAUUCAGUUGCUGCAGAGGUUCUAUGAUCCUGACCAGGGAGAAAUUACCUUAGAUGGUCGGGAUAUUAGGACACUUAAUUUAAAGUGGCUACGAGAAAAUAUUGGUAUUGUGAGCCAGGAGCCUGUUUUGUUUGCAACCACAAUAGCUGAGAACAUUCGCUACGGCCGAGAAGACAUUUCUGAUGCUGAAAUUGAGCAAGCAGCCAAGGAAGCCAAUGCUUUUGACUUUAUAUCUGGACUGCCUGAUAAAUUUAACACCAUGGUAGGGGAAAGAGGGGCUCAGCUGAGUGGAGGACAGAAGCAGCGAAUAGCUAUUGCCCGAGCCCUUGCAAGAAAUCCCAAGAUUCUUCUUCUGGAUGAAGCUACAUCUGCAUUAGAUACUCAGAGUGAAUCCAUAGUGCAAGCAGCUCUCGAUAAGGCUCGUGCUGGACGUACCACCAUUGUGAUUGCUCACAGACUGUCUACCAUCAGGACUGCUGACACUAUUGCUGGAUUUGAGAAAGGUGUUGUGGUUGAACAAGGAACACACAGUGAACUCAUGUUGCAGAAGGGACUCUACUAUUCUCUUGUUAUGCAGCAGGGUUGUAGCAAUAAUGUUCAAGAUGAUGGCACAUCAGAAGAUAGUGAAGGCACAGAGGCUGAGGAACAUGAGGAAAGCAUAAAUGAUCUUGUAGAGGAGCUGACUCUUCAAGACCAUUUUGAAGAAUCUGUGAUCUCUGGGAGAGGCAGCAUUCAAAGAAGAUCUAGCAGAUAUAAGAACAAGAAGUGUGCAUCUAAGAAGUCAUCCUUUGGAAAAAAGAAGAAAAAAAUGGAGCUGGAGGAAGAAAAUCUCCCUGCUGUGUCUUACUUAAGAAUCCUGGCUCUGAACAAACCUGAGUGGCUGUAUGUACUGCUGGGAGUGAUUGCUGCUGCUGUCAUAGGUGCUGUCCAUCCUGCAUUUGCUGUUAUAUUUGGAAAAAUCAUUGGGGCUUUUCAAGAAAGAGAUCCAGAAAAGAGGAGUAAAAACACAGUGUUGCUUUCUUUAAUGUUUCUUUUACUUGGAGUGAUUAUCUUAGCAGCGUACAUAGUCCAAGGAUUCAUGUUUGGAAAGUCUGGGGAAAUACUGACAAUGAGACUGCGCUCUUUGUCCUUCAGAGCAUUACUUCAGCAG